AUGACGGAAUUAACAAUAGAUUCGGUUUCUACAAAGGGGCCGAUCUAUCCAAUGUUAAUAAACUUUCAAAACGGUUACCCGAACGAAGACUUCGAAAGUAAAUGCUCAAUCAUACAAGAGAAUGGUACUAAAACGAUAGCUACUGAACUUGAUGAGCUUGUUUACUAUGGUAAAGAGGAAAACGAAGAUUUGGGUAAGACCCUGAUACUAGCAAGAGACAGGAAAACCGGUAAAGUACGCCUUAUAGAGGUGGGCUGCGCUGAGCUCAUACCAUAUCGUAAAGUCGACUUGAAUGCAUCGCAACAGGAAACCAGCAGGUUAGAGCUGAGUAGGAAGUUCGGAUCUAAAAAACAAAAGAAGCAAAUGGAACAGCGGGAGAAAUUAAAAGUGAAUGUACAAACUGUUACAGAACAGAUGGAAAAUGUAACUGCGAAUAUUACUGUUGACCAACUAGACCUAUCUAAGUAUAAUAAGAACGAUUCUGAAGAUUUCUACGUACCACCUAUAGACAGAGACGCUACUAAAGUUGAAGAUGUAUAUCCUGUAGAGAAAAUUAUGUCUGAAGAAGAAUAUGAGAAUAUUUAUACAGAAUUAAAGCAAGAAAAGUAUGAAGAAAAUUACCAUCCGUAUAUAAAGGCAUUAGUUAAAGGGCGGACGUUGUCUCACGAGUUAACGGUGCUGGCACUUUACACUAGUGAGCUGCUGAAAUUUAUACAGGAUAAGUUGAGUCUGGAGUGGGUGGGCAGUUCUGAAAGGAGACACGAGGAGAUCUUCAGAUGGUCCGAAUGUUAG